AUGUCCACCUUGAGUCUCCCGGAGGAGGAGCCACCAGUACCACAGGCAGUGAGCUCGGCGCCCACACCCGGCUCACCAACGUCACCGGUGCCUUUCACAGAGGUCCUGGACGAGAUGCAGGCGCUUCACCAACGCCUCCUGGAAGCUCAUCAUCAUGAGCUCGCGCGCGCCUCCACCGCCGGCUCCCCAACGGACCGCUCCGGUGCGGCCCCGGCGGCGCCCGCGGCCGUGCCAACGUCGCCAAGCUUGGCUCCGUCGGCCAGCGCGCUGAGCGUCUCGCACAGCGCGUCGAAGAAACACGUCAAUUCCAAGAAAUCGGUGAUCCUCAACCUCCCAGCAGCAGCGGCUGAAAAUGUGACCCAUGAGAAGUCGGAGAAGUCCGUUUCCAUCGCGCUGGGCCCCGCGGGAGACUCUGCCUCGCCGCGCAGCGUGGAGAGCCACGUGGAGAGCCGCGUGCGCAGCGUGCAGAGCGGCCUGAGCGAGGAGAGCUUGUCUCCGCGUUCCACGCGAGUCUCGAGUAGGUUGAUGAAGCAGGCCAGGGAAGUGGCGGUGAACAUCGAGCACCAAGUCGAUGAGGACUCGCUCCACGGCGCGCUGCGGCUCCGAGACGAAUGGGCCAUGUCAGAAGAGAAGCUCAAGGAGCUGAAGCGCAUCCAGCGCAGGAUGUCCAUUGGAAGCCGUCGAAGCCUGAAGUCAGCGGUCAAGAGGCAAUACUUGGUGCGGACCGAACGUGAAGAUGUGCCCUGCUACGUUCUGUGCCCCAAUUCUUGGCGACGAAUCUGUUGGGACUUCUUGACCUGCAUCUUCAUCCUCUUCGAGCUGCUCAACAGCACGUGGUUGCCUCGUUGGAGCGAGCUGCAGAGGAUCUCCAUUUCACCCUUGCAGCUCUACCGGAUGGGCGAGCUCUUGCGGAACACCACAGAUCUCCUGCAGUGGAUGCUUUUUCAAGCAAUGCUUUGGUAUCCACCGGUUUUCGGCGUGCAGUACCGAUGGCGCAGGGACGGGAAUCUGACAUGGGAGAUGUUGAUUCCCGAUCUCAUCGUGGUCUUCCUCCCGAACUUCAACGACGGCCCUGCGAGCGUGGUUCGCAUCGUGCGCUUCCGGCGGCUCGUGCGGCUCAUCCGGUUCCUACAACUCAUUCGACUGUGGAAUGUGGUCCAAAGCUACGCAUCGCUCGAGUAUCGAAUGACCUUUCUGAAGACCAAGUUCGGAUCCUUGAUCCAACCGGUGCUGACGGUGACGGUCAUCAUUGGCUUGUCCGUCCAUGUCCUCGGCAGCUUGUGGUAUUACGUGGGCGAUGUGGACGGUGGUUGGGUGCUCAAGGAAGGCUUGCAUGAGGUGUCCAUUGCACGGCAAUAUACGCGCAGCAUGGAGUGGGCCUUAUCGAAGCUUCCGCCCUCGGCGCUGCGAGUCAGUGUGGAGCUCCAUACGCCUGCGGAGCGAUGGCUGGGGAUCUUCGGUACAGGUAUGGCCUUGCUUUGCGGCUCCAUUUUUGUAAGCUUCUUGACCAAUACUAUGGCCGAUGUGGCUCGCGAGAGGACUCGAACCACCAAGAUCAUGCAGUCCGUGCGGAAGUAUUGCUCCAUGCACGGCAUCUCCUACCGACACACGAUGCAGAUGCGUCGCUACGUGGAACACGAGCACAGGCGGAAGGAGAUGAACAGCCACAUGCCCCUCCUGGAAGAUUUGCCCGAAGGCAUGGUCCGGGAGCUGUUCCAAGAGGGCCGCACGCAAACGUUGCACAACCACGCCUUCUUCAUGGAGAUCGGCCUGGCGGAUUCGGCCAUGGAGCUGAAUCUGUGUAGCCAUGCUGUCUCUGAGCUGUACCUCUUAGCAGGUGACAUCAUCUUUGAUACCACCAGCAAGACUGAAGGGAUGUACCUCAUCGGCGCGGGAAACAGCAUCUACUUCUAUUGGUCGGAAUCCACGAAGAUGAGCGCUCGCAGAUCGAGGAGGACUGAGACUACAGGCAGCAUCUUCCAAAGCAUCAUGACCCUGGGCACCAGCGGGCCCACCAACACCAAUCAGCGGGACCGGAGCUCAACGAUGCUAAUGGCGCAAACCAUGAUUCAGGCGGGCGAGUAUUGCGCCGAGCCGGCUUUAUGGGUCAAGGCAUGGCGUCAUCAAGGACAGCUUCAGUCGGUGGUCGAGAGCCGAGCCUUGUUGGUUUCAACUUGCGAGCUCUUCAAGGUGCUUGAACACUACGCCAACAGUUUGGCGAACACCAUCGUUUAUGCGCGGUGCUUCGUUGAAGAACUCAACAAGACCGCGGACUUGUGUAAGCAAGUCACAGAUCUACCAUUGACUCCCCUGGAUGAGGAGCGGCGACGUCCGCACCGCGCGACCUCGGUGCGCAGCUUGUUCUCGCAGUCCAAGGUCUACCCCCGCGGGUGA